AUGGAGACUGAAAACAAUAGAUAUAUUCUACAAGUGUUCGUAGGUGCACUGUCUCAGCAUUAUGAAGCACUUUCUGUUGAAGCUAGUAAACAAACUACAUCAGAAGAAAUCGUUCAGUGCAUUGUUGAAAGACUUUCACUACCUACAUCUACUAGUUUCGAGUUAGCUGAAGUUGUUGGUGAUACAAUGGGUAGAGAAUGCAAGGAAAGAAGAUUAGGACCUGUCGAAUGUCCUGUUGCUUUGAUGCUUCUAUGGCCUAGAACAAAUCAGGAAGAGUAUUAUAGGUUUUAUCUUAGAGAAAAGAUGAAUGAAACACUGUGGGCUGAUGGGUUCACAAUGGACCCUCAAUUAAUUAAGGAUUAUUUCUGCCGUUUCCUUUAUCAACCUGCUGAUCGUGAUUAUCCUGAUCUUUGUCAGUUACCUGAUUUAAAUGAACAAACACUGCUUGACAAUUUGAGAGCAAGAUUUAAUGCUGGUCAUAUUUACACUUAUGUUGGAUCAAUUCUCAUCGCUGUUAACCCUUUCAAGUUCUAUCCUAUUUACAACCCGAAAUAUGUCAAACUAUAUCAAAACAGAAGGAUGGGACCUGAACUUCCACCUCAUAUAUUUGCCGUGGCAGAUUCUGCUUAUCAUUGUAUGUUGAGAAAUCGCCGAAAUCAGUGUAUCGUUAUAAGCGGGGAGAGUGGAAGUGGAAAGACAGAAAGUACCAAUUUCCUUUUACAUCACCUGACUGCAUUGAGUCAAAAGGGUAGUCAUGGCAGCGGUGUUGAACAGACCAUACUAAGCGCUGGACCUGUCUUAGAGGCUUUUGGAAAUGCUAAAACAGCCCAUAAUAACAAUUCCAGUAGAUUUGGAAAAUUUAUUCAAGUUAACUAUAAAGAAAAUGGAAUGGUUCAUGGUGCUGUGGUUCAAAAAUAUCUUUUGGAAAAAUCACGAAUAUGUUCGCAAGGUCGCAACGAAAGGAACUACCAUGUGUUCUAUUACCUUCUUGCUGGAGCUAGUGAUGUCGAUAAACAACAAUUACAUUUGAAGACUGUAGAUUACUAUAAUUAUUUAAACAGGAGUGGCUGUUAUGUUUUGGAUAAUGUUGAUGAGAAGUAUGAAUUCUCAAGGUUGAAACAAUCAAUGGAAAUGGUCGGAUUCACUGCAGAAAAACAGAGGAGACUUUUUGCUGUUUUAUCAGCUGUGUUGCUUCUAGGAAAUGUGGAAUUCCAGCCAAGGAAAGCUGCAUAUCAUCAUGACGAAGCAGUUGGAGUUAAAAAUCCAGAGGUAGUUCUUCUCAUUUCGGAAUUACUCAGGGUAAAAGAAGAAACGUUACUCGCCGCUUUAACUGCUAAACGAGCCCGGGCAUCUGGUGAAACUCUAGUUAUCAAUUAUAGGCUUCCAGAAGCAACUGCUGCAAGGGAUGCUAUGGCAAAAUGUCUCUACGGUGCUUUAUUUGACUGGAUCGUUCUUCAAGUCAAUCACGCUCUUCUUUCUAAGAAAGAUACUCUCAGAGAUCACCAAGGAAACUCGAUUGGAGUGUUGGAUAUAUUUGGUUUUGAAGAUUUUGGUCUUUUUAAUAGUUUCGAGCAGUUUUGCAUUAAUUAUGCUAACGAGCAUCUGCAACACUAUUUUAAUCAACAUGUUUUCAAAUAUGAGCAAGAAGAAUAUCGUAAAGAAGGAAUAAAGUGGAGAGACAUAGAGUUCCUUGAUAAUUCUCUCUGUUUAUACUUAAUAGAAGGCAAACCCAACGGUCUACUCUGUGUUUUGGAUGACCAGUGCAAUUUUCCAGGUGCUUCAAAUGAAACUCUAUUACAAAAAUUUAAUUCUGUUCAUAAGGAAAAUCUUUUUUACGAAAUGCCACAGAAGAGGGAAGCUGCGUUCAUGGUCCGCCACUAUGCUGGAAAAGUUAAAUACCAGGUCCAUGAAAUGAGGGAGAAAAAUUUAGAUCUGAUGAGGCAAGAAAUUGUCGGUGUGCUGAAAAAUUCCAAUAUGGCGUUCGUUCGAGAAUUAGUAGGUGCUGACCCCGUUGCUGUAUUCCGAUGGGCCAUUGUUAGGGCAUUUUUUAGAGGAUAUUUUGCUUUUCAUGAAGCUGGAAGGAAACAUAGAUUAACAAGAGAUGGAAGCAAGCCGAGUUCCAUUCAUGCAAGAUAUAGAAAUCAUACGCCAAAUGAUACGAUUUUAAGAUUCAAUGUGCGCUACGGUAACACCAGGUGUUAUACUACAAAAUCUGAACAAGACGAUUCUCAACAGAAAAGUAUCCGACAACCAUUAAGUCAAACUUUUAAUGUGAAUACCAAUGAGAUAUCGCCUAAAAAUCUCUCGACGGACCAACGAUCUUACUACAUUAAUAAUACAGAGGAAAUGGACUGUGAUAAAGAAAGGUUGCAUAAAGUCUUUUGUGCAGAAGAAGCAAAAGUUUUUGAAAGAGCGACACAAAUUGUUGCAAAAAACAAGUCCUUUAGACCAAGAGAAAGAGGAAAGAAAGGUUUGAAAAAUCUACAGAGUGUAAAAACGCUCGCUGGAAGAACUCAAAGCCUUGGUCAGUUAGGCAAAGCUCGCAAACAGCCGUUGACCGUCACUGCGCAGUUUCAACAAUCGUUGCAUAGCCUCAUGGACACUCUCAAUCAAGCCAAUCCAUUUUUCAUCAGAUGUAUCAAAAGCAAUAGUAAUAAGGUUCCACAUUCCUUUGAUGACGAAACUGUUCAAAGGCAGCUUCGUUACACCGGUAUGUUGGAAACUGUUAGGAUCCGACAAGCUGGAUACAACGUUCGUCUGACUUACGAUGAAUUUAUUCAACUAUACAGAAUCCUUUUACCGAAAGGCCUACUGAGUUCUCAAGGAGAUGUCAAGGAUUUUCUUCUCACGUUAAAUCUUAAUCGAGAUAAUUAUCAGCUCGGAAGCAGUAAGAUAUUCAUGAGGGAAUGUGAAAAGGUCAAACUGGAUUAUCGGCUACAUCAACAAAUCAUAGCCAGCAUCGUCAAAAUUCAAAGGUGGUUUAGAACAAUACUCGAACGUUCCAGGUUCCUUCGAAUCCGCUCUUCUGUUAUAACGAUUCAGGCUUGGUGGAGAAUGGUUCUGGCACAGCAACUCAGAAAACAGAAAAUGAUGAGUAUCGUUCAAAUCCAAAGAGCUUGGAGGGGUUACGUUGCGACGACGUGGCUGAGAAAACUGAAAGCUGGUAUUGUCAUCUUUCAAGCUCAUUCGAGGGGAUAUCUUCUUAGGAUAAAAGUUGAAUCGAUGAAAGCUGAAUUACUUGAAAGAAAAACCAGUGUUUCUGAAAAACCAAAUACUCCAGAAACUCCAUCUAUCAAUGUAAAUGAAGACUUUAUAAGAGCGGAAUCUUUAGCCGAAAGUUCUGAACAAAGAGAUGGAAUAACAUCGAAGCACGAUACAGCCCUUACGCAUACUAAUACAAUUACUGACAGCAAUUUAGAUUACGUUGCAGAGCGUAAAGAAGAAAUAAAAAACCUUGAAUUUCGUAGGCGUGCAGCAACUAGGAAAGCUUUCUUCCAUGAAAAUAGAAACUUCUCAGAUGAACAUUAUACAAUUGGCACUGUUAAAGAGAGGAAAGGUGACGCUCACAGUGAUAGUGAAAUGGAAACUGAACCGAGUUGGAUCGAUGAGAAAAAAAUCGCCAAACCGCCUCCUCCGAGGCAGCCGAGGCGGAGAGAUGUCGUCUGUAGGAGUAUUGGGGAAGAUCCCCCUCUCCCGAUAAAGCCUAAUAAGCUACCAAUUAGCAUGGAUCUUAAAAGGCGGAAUAGUGAUCCAGCAACUCAAACCGAAUCCUCAGCAGGAACCAAUACGAAACAACCCACGCCACCUCAGCACUCUCCUUCUGCUGAUUUACUGGAAUGGAAAGGCACGACCAUGUUUACCAUCGCUGGUCACAGCUUCCGUAAAGUUGGAAGGUUUACAAAAGAGGAUCGGUGUUUUUAUUGUUCGCAACCUAUGGAUGCUUUCAUCACACAAGGACACAAAUGUUCAGAGUGUAAGCAUCUUUUCCAUACAAAAUGCAUCCAGAACGGUGGAGUUAUGCAAUUACCCUGUACCGCUUCUAGAGAUGGACGCAGGCAGAAACAUUCGCGUAAAUCUUCCCGCCCUCAACCGUCUGAUAAAAAUUCAUCAUAUAACCAACAAGCUGCUCAAGUGAAAUUUAAUCUUACAGGGACUUCUGAAUUUACCGACAGCACCGAUAAAAUAAUUUCAGAUAUUAACGAACUCCAGUCGAUGCAAGACUUCAUUACAAAAAAGAUUUAUAAAAUGGAAGCUGAAGAAGGUCAAAAACCAUCAAAUGCUGAUAAAGUGUUCAAGCAAGCGCUAAGAGAAUUCAAAGAUAAUCUUAUUGCUACGUAUAGUGUUUUUAAUAAACAAGGUCCCGAGGCUUUAAACAUCAAGUACAAAGAUUUGAUAGCAAAUUUUUCGCAUGUUAUGGAAACAGUCCGAUUGCAAGAAAAUAUGAGAGAGGACUUUCCAGUGACCAUGGGGGUGAAUGCAUUUCGAGGUUUUAUGAACGAAUUUAUGAAUUCAAGAUUAGAGCAGGAAAAACCAAGGAAGACAAAACGUAAAAAGGAAAAGAAACGGAAAACAGAAGAUCCAAUCAUUUAUCGUGGACACCAUUUCAUUUUGACAAUUAUUAACAUUCCUACCGCUUGUGAAAUAUGCAGUUCUUUUUUCAUGUGGCCUAUAGAGCGUGGUCUUGUCUGUCAAAAUUGCAAGUUUACCUGCCACAAGAAAUGUUAUUCCAAAGUUAUAAAUACAUGUAGCAAAGAUAAAGAAGUUGUCGUGAAAAAGCAAUGUCCAAAUCCGGUGUUUGGUGUUCCUCUGCAACUCCUUAUAGUGGAGGAAGAAAAGAUACCUUUAGUAGUCGAUAGGUUGAUAACAACAAUUGAAAUGUACGGCCUCUAUACUGAAGGAAUUUAUAGAAAAUCAGGGGUCAGUUCUAAAGUGAAAGAAUUAAAAGCAAGAAUGGAAGAAAGCAAAGUAGAAAAAAUUCCAUUCGAUCAAUAUCAGGUGCACGUUCUUGCCAGUGUUUUAAAAGGAUUUCUACGAGAAAUGCCUGAACCUCUUCUGACAUUUGACUGCUAUGAUGAUUUCUUGAGAGCUGCAAAUCUAACGGAAGAUAGGGUAUCUACUAUGUUUGCUAUAUUGAAAAAACUCCCCAAACCGAAUUUCGAUUUGAUGGAAAGGUUGAUUUUUCAUCUUGCCCGGGUCGCACUUCAUGAAGAUGUAAAUAGAAUGACUGCUAAUUCACUGGCUAUAGUAUUCGCUCCUUGUAUCCUCAGAACGAAUAAAGUUGUCCCCGCGCAGGAUUCUCUUCAUGAUAUAAGUAGACAAACAACUUGCGUUGAGAUUAUCGUUUUAGAACAAUUGAAGAAAGUGAAGUCUACCUUAGCCGACAUAGAUACGCUCGACACCGCUUGUCAUACGGCUACUUAUAGGCUUUCAUCCAUACGCAGUUCCAAGGUAUUUAGCCAUGAAGAACUGGUUAUAGUGAAACCUGACGAUGAAGAGGCAGAGCUGAUGGGGAAAAUCGAAGAAAUUCAGAAAGAAAAGGCCCUUCUGACGUCGACAUUGCCCUCUCUUACGCGGUCUCCUAGCGAUGACGAUCUCCUCUCUACUGAUGAUGGCAGUCUUGAUGAUGUAGAUACUUCGAAUCCUCAACCGCUUUCGAGGCACAGAGUCGUACACAAGCACAAAAAGCGAGGUUCCGAAAGCUCUGCAGCUACAUUUUACAGCCAAGACUGUGAUGAAGACCCCAUUAUGGUCUAA